AUGGAUAAAAGUUGGAUGAAUGCUUCUCGAAUUAGUCAAGAAUACGAUGAUGGAGUUAAAAAUUUUAUUAACUUUGCAAAGAAUAACCUUCCGGGUAGUAAUGAAAGGCUCCUUUGUCCUUGUAAGAAGUGUUGUAAUCAGAAAAGAUUAUGUGUGAAAGACGUAUAUGAUGAUCUAAUCUGUCAUGGGAUUAAUCCAUCUUAUACAAAAUGGAUAUGGCAUGGUGAAAGCAAUGUGGCUACAACAUCUAACAUGUAUGUUGACAACAAAGAAAAUGAAGAUGAUGAGUCUGAAGAUCAAUUAGAUGAAAUGUUUCGCGAUGUUGGAGAGGAGUUCAUCGAUCGGUCAAACGAGUUGGAUGAAUUAUUGAAGGAUUCAAAAUUACCUUUAUGGCCGGGUUGUAGUAAAUAUACCCGAUUAUCUGCUGUAUUAAAAUUAUUCAACUUGAAAGCUGGGAAUGGGUGGAGUGACAAGAGCUUUACUGCGUUACUUGAGAUAUUAAAGGGAAUGCUUCCAGAUGAUAAUGAACUGCCGAAGAGUACAUAUGAUGCCAAGAAGAUUUUGUGUCCCAUGGGUAUGGGAUAUAAAAAGAUACAUGUUUGCCCUAACGAUUGCAUAUUGUUUAGGAAUGAUUACAAAGAUUUGCAUGCAUGUCCAAUAUGUGGGGCAUCUCGUUUCAAAACAAGAGAGAAUGUUGUUGGGAAAGUAAGUUUGAAAAGUCCACCGGCUAAAGUUAUGUGGUAUCUUCCAAUUCUCUCAAGAUUUAAGCGUAUGUUUGCUAAUCCAAGCGACGCGAAAAACUUAACAUGGCAUGCAGAUCAAAAAAUUUCUGAUGGCAAGCUUCGACACCCGGCUGAUUCUCGUCAAUGGACAACAUUUGAUAAUGCAUUUCCUGAAUUUGGUCACGAGCCGAGAAAUCUUAGGCUUGGACUUUGUACUGAUGGUAUGAACCCUCACGGGAACCUAAGUAGCAAACAUAGCUCGUGGCCAGUUAUGUUGGUAAUUUAUAAUUUACCUCCUUGGUUGUGUAUGAAACGCAAAUACAUAUUACUGUGCUUAAUGAUUUCUAGGCCAAAACAACCAGGAAAUGAUAUAGAUGUCUUUUUGGCACCUUUGAUUGAAGACUUGAAAAGUUUGUGGGAUGAAGGUGCGUUAGUGUUUGACGCAUACCGAAAAGAGAGUUUUAAGUUGCAUGCAAUGCUUUUCUGCACAAUCAAUGACUUUCCAGCUUAUGGAAACCUAUCUGGAUAUAGUGUAAAAGGACAUAAGGCAUGCCCCAUAUGUGAAGAUAAUACAUGUUAUCAUCAACUUGUUCAUGGCAGAAAGACGGUCUACAUGGGGCAUCGGAGAUUUCUAGAUAAAUCUGACCCUUAUCGAAGAUUAAAAAAAGCUUUCAAUGGGGUACAAGACUAUACAGAUGCUCCACAACCAUUAAUUGGGAUUCAAGUUUAUGAACGCGUAGAGUGUAUCAAUGUUACUUUUGGUAAGACUAAAAAACUUAAAUCUCAAAGAGGUAAGAGAUCAAAAUCUAAUGUUGAUGUACCAUCAAAUGAGAAGAGUCCGUGGAAAAAGAAAUCAAUAUUCUUUGAUCUUCCAUAUUGGAAGACACUUGAUGUCAGACAUAGUAUUGAUGUGAUGCAUGUUGAGAAAAAUAUGUGUGAUAGUCUUGUUGGAACUCUUUUAGACAUAAAAGGUAAGACGAAAGAUGGGCUCAAUGCUAGAUUGGACUUGAUUGAAAUGGGUAUACGACCUACAUUAGCUCCACGUAGUUGUGAUAAGAAGACAUAUUUGCCUCCAGCUGCUCAUACUUUGUCAAGAAAGGAGAAAAUCAGUUUUUGUGAAUGUUUACGUGGGGUGAAGGUACCACAAUGGUACUCAUCAAAUAUCAGUAGAUUUGUUAAUAUCCAAGAUUUAAAAUUGGUGGGAUUGAAGUCUCAUGAUUGCCAUGCCUUAAUGCAACAACUAUUGCCAGUGGCUGUUAGAGGCAUAUUGCCUAAAAAGUUGAGAUAUACCGUCAUCAGACUUUGUUUCUUUUUUAAUGCAAUUUGUGCGAAAGUCAUUGAUCUAGACAAAUUAGAUGAAUUGCAGAAUGGCAUUAUAGUUACACUGUGUCAGCUAGAGAUGCAUUUUCCACCUGCGUUUUUUGAUAUCAUGGUUCAUUUGCUUGUACAUUUGGUGAGAGAGAUCAGAGAGUGUGGUCCAGCUUAUUUGAGGUGGAUGUACCCAUUUGAAAGGUACAUGAAAGUCUUAAAAGGUUAUGUGAGGAACCGAUAUAGGCCAGAAGCAUCUAUUGUUGAAAGUUAUAUUGCUGAAGAGGUUAUUGAGUUCUGUACUGAAUAUUUGGCAGAGGUAGAGGCAAUUGGUGUUCCAAAGUAUCGACAUGAAGGAAGAAUUGAUGGAAAGGGUCAUCGACAUCCCAAAAUGCAUACUAUGUCUUGUGAAGAUGUUGAGCAAGUAUACUUAUACAUCUUGCAUAAUACAAGUGAAGUCGAACCCUAUUUAGAUGAACACAAGGCCUUAAUUAGGGAGCAAAACCCCAGAAGAGCAGACAUGUGGAUUGUGAGCGAACAUAAUCGUACUUUUAUUUGUUGGUUCAAAAAUAAAGUUCUUAGAGAUAAUAAUGUUUCUGAAACUAUACGAUGGUUAGCUCAUGGUCCUAGUAUGCAAGUCGUAUGUUAUAAUGGAUAUGACAUUAACGGAUUUUCUUUUUACACAAAAGCUCAAGAUGAAAAAAGCACUAUGCAAAAUAGUGGAGUUUCUUUAGUUGCCAAUUCAAUGCAUUUCAGUAGUUCAAAAGAUAGAAAUCCUGUAAUUGCACAAUUGUCAUAUUAUGGUGUGAUUGAAGAAAUAUGA